CUCUCUCACCUCAGCCCUUCUCUCCUCCAAACACUCAGCUGUGGCUCCACUCGGCUCUCCGCCUCUGUCAUCACUGCUUUCCUCUACCUGUUCAUUCUCCACCUUCCUUGUUCUCAUCUCACUCCUGCCAACAACUGGUGACAACAUGGAGAAUAAUCACACCUUCCUGUAUUUUGCAUAUGGCAGCAACCUGCUGAAGGAGCGGCUUCAGCUCAAGAACCCCUCUGCCACAGUGCACUGUGUGGCCAGGCUCAAGGACUAUAAAUUGGUGUUUGGGAACCAUAAAGGCCUUGCCAGUGACCGGUGGCAUGGAGGUGUGGCCACCAUAGAGCACAGCCCAGGGGACGAGGUGUGGGGUGUGGUGUGGAGGAUGAACAUGUCUGAUCUUGAGUCUCUAGACAGCCAAGAGAACGUGACAUUAGGUGCGUACAGUCCUGUGGAGCUAUCAGUGAAGACAAAAGGCCAGGAGCUCAACUGUCGUACCUACAUAAUGAACAGUUGUGUGUAUGCCCCCCCAUCACCACAGUACCUCCAGGUGAUUGUGAUGGGAGCAGAGCAAAACGGUUUGCCAAAGGACUACCAGGAGAAGCUGAGAGCAAUCAAGACCAACAUGUAUGAGGGUCCCCUACCCAUGAUGGCUGAACUGGAGAGAGCUAGAAGAAGAGCUAAAGAGAGGGCCAGCCACUACUCUGAUCCCUGAUAAUUCAGCAGAAUCCAGGUCCACUUUCAUUUUAGGAAAGUCCUUGUAACACUGUAUUCAACCUGAUACUGUAGCUUAACAGGUUCACCUUAGGUGGCCGCCUCAUGCCUGACUUAGCUCACUUUAAUUCCAGCAGUCAGGUCUAUGACAGUGUCCACCAUCAGCCACUGAUUACACAGCGCAGCAGUGGUGGUUCUGUGGUCUAAUUUGACUUGUACAGAUGAAAAUGGCAGAUUUAUAUACAUCAACAGAAAGAACAAUCAAUAACAAUAUUUAAUGCUUAUUUCUUGCAUGUAACAUAAC